CGUACCAAGAUGGCGGCGGCGGCUGCAGCGAGCGGCGGAGCGGGGGGCCCCCCUCCAGCCCCCGGCUCCCGGCUGCCCCCGGCCCCGCCGCCACCCCGGCCCCCGGGCCCCGCCCGCAUCGGGUACUACGAGAUCGAGCGGACCAUCGGCAAGGGCAACUUCGCCGUGGUGAAGCUGGCGACCCACCUGGUGACCCGGGCCAAGGUUGCUAUAAAGAUCAUUGACAAGACCCAGCUGGAUGAAGAGAACCUCAAGAAGAUUUUUAGAGAAGUUCAGAUUAUGAAGAUGCUCUGCCACCCACAUAUCAUCAGAUUAUAUCAGGUUAUGGAGACGGAGAGGAUGAUUUAUCUGGUGACAGAAUAUGCUAGCGGAGGGGAAAUAUUUGAUCACCUGGUAGCCCAUGGACGGAUGGCUGAGAAAGAAGCCCGGAGAAAGUUCAAGCAGAUUGUAGCUGCUGUCCACUUUUGUCACUGUUGUAACAUCGUUCACAGAGACUUGAAGGCAGAGAAUCUGCUGCUGGACGCUAACCUAAACAUCAAAAUAGCAGAUUUUGGGUUCAGUAACAUCUUCACACCUGGCCAGCUGCUUAAAACCUGGUGUGGGAGUCCCCCCUACGCAGCCCCCGAGCUCUUUGAAGGGAAGGAAUAUGAUGGGCCAAAGGUUGACAUUUGGAGUCUUGGUGUGGUCCUUUAUGUGCUGGUCUGUGGUGCUCUGCCCUUCGAUGGGAGUACUCUGCAGAAUCUGCGGGCAAGGGUGCUUAGUGGAAAAUUUCGCAUUCCAUUUUUUAUGUCCACAGAAUGUGAGCACUUGAUCCGCCACAUGCUGGUGCUGGACCCAAGUAAGCGACUGUCAAUGGAACAGAUUUGCAAACACAAGUGGAUGAAGCUCGGGGAAGCUGAUGCAGAGUUUGACAGGUUAAUAGCAGAAUGUCAGCACCUCAAGAUUGAAAGACAGAUGGAACCACUGAACGAAGAUGUGCUCUUAGCAAUGGUGGAGAUGGGGCUGGACAAAGAGCGCACGCUACAGUCACUAAGGACGGAUGCCUAUGAUCACUACAGUGCAAUCUAUAGCCUGCUCUGUGACCGAUUAAAGAGACACAAGAAUCUGCGCAUUACAGCACCUCCCAGUAUGCCACGGACCAUGACCUUCCCCACACCAGCUAACAUCCAGGCGGAACAGGCAGGCAACCCCGUGAGUAUCAAUGUGCCGCAAGUCCAGCUCAUCAACCCUGAGAACCAGAUCAUAGAGACUGAUGGAACAAUGAACUUGGACAGUGAUGAAGGGGAAGAGCCAUCCCCUGAAGCCCUGGUCCGUUAUCUCUCAAUGAGAAGGCACACUGUUGGAGUCGCAGACCCACGCACGGAAGUGAUGGAAGAUCUCCAGAAGCUCCUGCCAGGCUUCCCUCGUGUCACUCCCCAGGCUCCAUUCCUGCAGGUGGCUCCAAACAUGAACUUCAUGCACAAUAUGCUGCCUAUGCAGAACCUGCAGCCAACUGGACAGCUGGAGUACAAGGAGCAGUCCUUGCUGCAGCCCCCCACUCUGCAGUUGUUGAAUGGAAUGGGCCCUCUAGGGCGGCGGGCUUCAGACGGUGGAGCCAACAUCCAGCUGCACGCACAACAACUGCUGAAGCGUCCUCGAGGCCCUUCCCCGCUCGUCACUAUGACUCCAGCAGUGCCAGCAGUUACCCCUGUGGAUGAGGAGAGCUCCGAUGGGGAGCCGGAUCAGGAAGCUGUGCAGAGAUACUUGGCAAAUAGGUCAAAAAGGCACACUCUGGCAAUGACCAACCCUACAGCUGAAAUCCCUCCAGACUUGCAGAGGCAGCUAGGACAGCAGUCUUUUCGAUCCCGGGCUUGGGCUCCACACCUGGUACCCGAUCAGCACCGCUCCGUUUACAAGGACUCAAACACCCUGCAUCUCCCCACUGAGCGCUUCUCUCCUGUUCGCCGCUUUUCCGACGGUGCUGCCAGCAUCCAGGCGUUCAAAGCCCACCUGGAGAAAAUGGGCAAUAACAGCAGCAUCAAACAGCUUCAGCAGCCAAGGAGACUGCAGAGUGAAAGCCGUUUUGCACAGCAGGGUUGCUGGGCAGGAAGAGAUCACGUUGUGGGUGUAUUGCAUUCAUUACAGGAGUGUGAGCAACUGCAGAAGAUGUACGGUGGGCAUAUGGACGAGAGAACGCUGGAGAAGACACAGCAGCAACACAUGUUGUACCAGCAGGAGCAGCAUCAUCAAAUUCUCCAUCAGCAGAUUCAGGAUUGUAUUCGCCCACCUCAGCCAUCUCCACCCUUGCAAGCUCCUUGUGAAAACCAGCCAGCUCUGCUCACCCACCAGCUGCAGAGGUUACGGAUUCAGCCAUCUAGUCCACCCCCAAACCACCCUAAUAAUCAUCUCUUCAGGCAGCCAAAUAGCAGCCCCCCUCCUGUGAAUAGCAGCAUGCUACAGACUCAUGGUGCAGCGUCUCAGUCCCAGUUCCAAGGGAUGCCUUCCCACAGUGCGAUCUUCCAGCAGUCUGGUAACUGUUCCCCGCCCCCGAACGUGGCACUGACAUGCAUGGGCAUGCCGCAGCCAUCGCAGCCGCAGCAGGUCACCAUCCAAGUGCAAGAGCCCGGAGAUAUGCUCAGCAACAACCUUCUGCAAGGGGCAGCUGUGGCAGGGCAGGGCAUGUCCUCUCAUCCACGAGGCAUGUCCAUCAACCCGAGUGCCAAUCAGAUCCAAAUGCAGCAUCGAGCUAACCUGAUGGCCUCUCUCACAUAUGGUCACAGGCCACUGUCCAAGCAGCUCAGUGCUGAUAGUGCAGAGUCACACAGCUUGAACAUGAACAGGUAUCCCCCUGCUAACUAUGACCAGGUGCACUUACAUCCCCACCUGUUCUCAGAUCAGGCCCGUGCAUCCCCCAGCAACUACAGCCCAUCAGCAGGGGUGGGAUUCCCCGCAACGCAGCAAGCCCUGAAAGUCCCUCAACUUGACCCGUUCCCCAGCUUCCCUCAAAGUGCGCCGCAGCCGCAGCCCUACACGGCAUCAGCACUACAGCAGGCGCUGCUGUCCCCAACUCCGCCGGAUUACAGCCGACACCAGCAGGUACCGCACAUCCUCCAAGGACUGCUUUCCCCCCGGCACUCGCUCACGGGGCCCACGGACGUGCGACUGCCCCCGGCAGAAUUUGCACAGCUCAUCAAACGGCGGCAGCAGCAGCAAGAAUUUCAAGAAUUGUUCCGGCAUAUGAGCCAAGGAGAUGCUGGGAACAUGGGCACCAGCGUGGGACAGAACCUAUCAGAGCGUCAGUCGCUGUCUGUGCCUUAUCCGAAUGCUGACACGUACCAUCACAGCAGCCCUCAACAUCUCCUAAAAAUCAGGGCACAAGAAUGUAUCCAGCAGGUAUCUGCGGCUGCGGCACCCCAUGGGUAUGCACACCAGCCAGCUCUGAUCCAUUCGGAGAGCAUGGAGGAGGACUGUGCAUGUGAGGGUGCCAGGGACAGCUUUCCGGACAAUAAGCGUUCAAAUACAUUGACCAAAGGUGGCCAUGAGAACCCACUGCUUUUAAAUGCAGGAGGGCAUGGGGACCCAGAAUCUCUGCUAGGAACUGUUAAUCAGGGGCAGGAAUUGGGGACGCAUCAUUACAGACAUCAGCCAGCUACCGGAUUCAGUAGGAAUAAGGUGCCCAGCAGAGAAUCCAUUGUAGGGAAUUGUAUGGACAGAAGUUCUCCAGGACAAGCUAUGGAGAUGCCCAGUCAUAAUGGAUUGGGUUAUUCUGCAAGACCAGCUUCCAUUGAACACCACAGACCCAGGACUCUGCAGAGACAUCACACCAUACAGAACAGCGAUGAUGCCUAUGUCCAGUUGGAUAACUUGCCUGGAAUGAGUUUAAUGGCUGGAAAAGCACUAAGCUCUGCUCGGAUGUCUGAUGCAGUACUCAGCCAGUCAUCGCUCAUGGCCAGCCAGCAGCUACAUGCCAGGGAGAGCGAGGGUAAGGACUUCCCUGGGGCUGAAAAGGCAUCUUUCAGAGACUGUGGGGAAAGUUUGGAAGGUCAAGAGCAUCCAAAUCUAGCUGAUGGCAGCCAGCAUUUAAACACCUCUUGUUAUCCAUCUACGUGUAUUACAGACGUCCUCCUGAGCUACAAGCACCCGGAGGUGCCCUUUGGGAUGGAGCAGGCUGGGGUGUAGCAGGAAGGAGGGAGUUUUGUGUACAGCUUUGAAAUGAAAAGGUCCAUUUUAAACCAACAGUAUCUAGCAGCAUUGCGCCAAAUCGCCAUAGUAUUUCUCACUGAAAUAUCAUGGCUCUUUUCCUCAUAAUCAGUUCCUCAGUGUGUCAUUCUUUUGGUUUCUUUCGUUUUUGCCAUAUUUGCCUGUAACUCCAGCUAUCACAGAGCUAACCAGAGAACCCGAGUCCUACACCCUGUGUGAAAGGAUUGAUGGAACUUGAGUUUUGCAUUUGGUUUGGAGGGGGUUUAAAUGCGAAGGUCCAGGCCAUCAUGGAUGGUGCAGACUCAGGCGUUCUCCCCUUCAUCCAACUCUGCUCUUAAGACUGUCCAACAUCAUCUUUUUCUGGGGACAAGUAGGAGAGCAUGGGACAAAUGCCUUCCAGGAGCCUGCCUGAAUAGGGGAAGCAAGGGGCAGGGAGGGAAUUUGAAGCUCUGUCCUUUGGCAAGCAAUAAGCAGAGCUCCUGAAAACCAAGUCCAAAACCAGAGUCGUUUUUCCGGAGUUCCAGCACACACCAUGCCCCAGAAGCCCAGCCCCAGGGGCAGAAGAAGGCCACACUGUAGUUUUAUUUCCAUAGCGGGGCCAGAGCUACUCUGGGGCAAGAGCAACUCCAGUCUCCCUUACCACGAUGCCAGCCUGUCCAACCCACCCCCAUCUGACCUGCGGAGCAGCUUGCGUCCCCGACCCCACUGGUUCUUCCGGUGGUGCAGUACGCUUUGUCUCUCUCAUCUUUGUCUGCUUUUCUUUUUCUCUAUUUUUGGUCAUUGUGCUAAAAGGAUCAUUUCCCCCUCCUCCUCCUUUUUUAAUACCUUUUCCUUUCAAACCCAUGUACGACCCUUUUUUUUUUUUUUUUUUUUUUUUUUUCAGUUUAAAGUAAAGAAGACAAGUUGUUUCCCUUUGUCUUUCUAGCUUUUCCUCCUGAUCAUGUAGGAAUUGUUUUAUGGUAAAUGUUGUUGUUUUUAUUAUUGUUGUUGUUAUUAUUAUUAUUAUUAUUAUUAAUAAAAGACAAAAGGAAUUUCUGUUUGAGAGAAAUUUUUAACUAGAUUCUGUUCUAUUUGAAUUGUGACUUGCACCUUUUGUUCAAAGUAUUUUAUUUCUUUUUAAUGACAUUGUAAUUGUGACUGUUUUUUUUCCUCUUGUGCCAGUGGCAGAAGUGAUGUUCUCCUUUAUACAAAUUCAGACAUGCAUAGAUCUCUUCUUUGUCAUUCUUUUCCAUUUCUUCCCUUGACUGAUAGAAACCAAUGCCCCCUCCAGUGGUUGGGGCUAAGGGAGUAUUUUGUGUCAUCGUUGCCUUUGGAACUUUAAAAGCUACAACUGAAAAUUCCUAUUAUUGACACUUUUGGGGGAAUUUUUUUUAAAUAAAGGAAAAAUCAGUCCAACCCUCCUGAAUUUGCACAGAAGGAAGUGUGAGACCAGCAUGGCAAAGGUUAAUUUGCUAUUACCAUCUCUUCCCCAAAGUCCCCCAGCAAUUGUCAUAAAUGGACCUGCAAUUAGAAGAAAAGGAGAGGGGAGGGGAGAGAAGAAAUCUGCAGCUGACAAACAGUAUCUCCCAGGUUAAUGUUUCUAGAAAGCCUAAUGUCACUCUGGUUUUAUUGGUGUGUAGUUGUCAAGUUACAUUUCUUUAACAUGUAAAAUAGGUGGUGUGUGUUGGGGGGGUGGGGGACCCAGACAGGGCUUGCCGGACUUAAGUGAGAGGGUACCAAGAAACACUGAAAGGCUUUUUGACAUUGCUCUGUAUCUUUGAUUUGUUUUCCUUUUGUUUACAUGACGUAUUUCUGGGAGAGUUGACAGCCGCCCUACAGUAGCCAUCCAAAAGAAAAGCAAGGACUUGCUUAACCGUGCCAUUUCGCCGUAUCACACUUUUUUAUCAUUGCUUUGUAUUGUAGUAAUCAAUACGCGCAGUAUAUGUUGAAUGUAUAUUAAUAUACUUUGCUAUUAUUUCUGUUUUUUGGAAAUGUCCGAAGUAUUUUUUCUUCCUCGUUUAUGCUGGACUAAAAACAAACAACUUUCAGUAAAUCUUUAGUCCAUUUUUUUGUGGGUCACUUGCAACUAGUAACUUAGUUGGACAAUGGGAUCAUGACAAAUAAAAUCAUGAUUAUGAUCUUGUGA